GAAGACAACUUUCUCUCAACAACACAACAAACCAGGCACUCGAUGUUCAAAGGAGGAUAUGAUGUCAUCUCUGUCUUUGUAGACUUGAAAGAACUGACUUGUGGGCGUACAACUCCAGAGUUUCCUCGAGGUAACAAGCAAAUCAGUAGCCAAGAGGAAGUGACAUCAUGGUUGUGAACUAAUCAGAAGAAUAAAGUUAACAACAAAUCAAAUACUGACUAAGAACAUGGACAUUAGAGAGUCGACUGGUGAGAGUGAAAAUCAACGAUGUCUGAAACGGUGCAAUGACAUGAUAGAUGAUCUGGACAACGGCGUCGACCUCUUGCAGGCCGACCUGCAUGGACUCAAGGAUGCUCAGAAGCUCCAGCUCGAGGACCUUUGGAAGGAGUGGGAGCUGGAGCUCACCGACGAACUCCAGGAGCAGGACGUCAGCUAUAAAAACCUGAUGGCUCAGAACACAGAAAGGAUGGAGUAUCUGGAGAAGGAGAAGGAAUCUCUGACAGCCAGGUUAGAGGAGGAGCAGACCUGGAGGCUGCAGGUGAGCCAGCAGUUGGAAAAACAGGAGACAGCUAAUCAGGAGGCCCUGGCAGCUUUGAAACAGUCCGAUGAUAGGACGGAGCUUCUACGCCGGGAGCUGGAGGCCCUGAAGGAAGCAAACCACCAACUUACUACCAAACUCCACGUUGAGGAAGACCUCAAAUGCAACUCCCUGGCGCUUCACAACGCGCUCUCUGCCAGUCUGGAGACGGAGACCAAAAAGAACGAUUCCCUCACAGUAGAGUUGGACGUUCUUAAACAGAAGCUCGAAGGUGUGGAGAAAGUAAUGUCUUAUCUCAACAGCAACAUCCAGAAAGAGAAAGACACCAAUGCAACACUCAAAGGAGAAGUGUCCAGACUGUCCUUCUUACUUGACACACAGAUUGAGAGGAACAAAAAUAUCGUGCAGAGCUGGAGACUGGAGCUACAGAAUCAGCUGGAGAGGCAGAGGCAUGACCAUCAGCGGACCUUUGAGGACAUGAAACAGUCCACCGAGGUGACUGAGGCUCUUCGCCAAGAACUGGAGGUCACCAAAGAAGCCAAUCAGCAGCUCGCCACCAAGCUCCAGGCUGAGGAGGAUCUCCGACACAACUACCAGUCUCUGUCUGACAGGCUUUCUACCAAGCUGGAGACCGAAGUCAAAAAUAACGAGUUCCUGACAAACGAGAAAGAGUGCUUGACUGCUGAGCUAGAAAAGGAGCGGACCAGGAGAACAACGUUGGAUGAUGAACUACAGAAACAAAAAGAUGCUCAUAUGCAAGAAAACGAGGCAAUGAAAAAAUCUACAGCAGAAAAACUCGACAGCUUGGUAAAAGUCAAUUCUGAGCUAAAGUGCAACCUACAGACCGAGAAGGACGUCAACCAAAGUCUCAAAGAAGAAACCGCGAGACUCUCGACUGCGCUAGAGGCACAAAUUGAAAAUAACAAAAAUCUUUCCAAGCGGAGAGAAUACGAUAACGCCAAAAUACAGAACGAGCAGAGCUGGAGACAGGCUCUACAAAAUCAACUGGAGCGGGAAAAGCUCGCACAAGAGGAGGCGCUCAAGGCUUUGUCAGAGUCCAGCAGCGAGACGGAGGCUCUCCAUCAGGAAUUGGAAGUUUUAAAAGGAACCAAUAAGCAGCUUGCCUGCCAAAUCCAGGUUGGGGAAGAUAUCCGGUGCAACGCUCAGGCUCUAAGUGAGAGGCUGACAACCGCACUAGAGACUGAGACCCAAAAAAACGAUUGUUUGAUCAAAGAAAACGAGUACUUGACGAAGGAACUGGAGAAGGAGCAGAUCUGGAGACAACAGUUGGGCGCUGGGCUUCAAAAACAGAUGACUGAUCGUCUGCAGGAAUCUGAGGCACUGAGGAAAUCCAAGAAUCAGGUCUCUGAGCUCAACCAUGAUAUUCAGCAAGAAAAGGCCGUCAACGACACUCUCAGAAAAGACAUUUCGGAACUCUCUAUUGCACUAGAAACAAGAGAGCGAGAGAACGACAAGACCAAACAACAGGAGCAGAGCUGGAGACUGGCGUUACAAAAUCAGCUGGAGAAAGAGAGACUCGACCAUCAGCGGGCGCUUGAGACUCUGUCGGAGUCCAGCAAAGAGACAGAGACUCUGCGUCAGGAGCUGGAGUCACUAAGAGAAGCCAACCAACAGCUGACCAACAAACUCACAGUUGAGAAAAACGCCAGAUGCGACUGUAAGGCUCUCGGUGACAGUCUGCCAACUGCAACGGAGACUGAGACCAAAUGCAAUGAAAAUCUGACCAAAGAAAACCAGUCCUUAAAAGCUGAGCUUGAACAGGUGGGUGCUGAGCUGCGGGAAUACGAGGUACUGAAUAAAACCACCGCCGACAAACUAGACAGUCUGGAAAAGCUCAACUCGGUUCUAAACCAAAACCUCCGAACUCAGAAAGGUGUGAGCGAAAACAUGAGAUCAGAGGCUUCCAAACUCUCCACGGCACUGGAGACACAGAUUAAAAACAACAAAAACUUGUCCAUACAACGGGAGUACGACUUGGCUAGACUACAAAAGGAGCACAACUGGAGGCUGGACUUGCAAAAUCAGCUGGAGAAGCAACGGCUCGUCAAUCAGGAGGCCCUCGACGCACUGGCAGAGUACAGCAAUAACACCAAGGCUCUCCCACAGGAAUUGGAGAUCCGAGAAAAAGCAAAUCAAGGGCUACUCACAAAACCUCGUGUUGAGGAAGACCUCAUGUGUAAGUCGCAGGCUUUGACAGAAGAGAAGGCUUCUUUAAUCACUGAGCUGGAGAAGGAGCAGAAACUGAGGAACCAGCUGUUCGAGGGGCUGCAGAAAGAAAAGGACGCGUACCUGCAGGAGUACAAGGCGUUGAAGAAGUCCACUACUGAAAAAAUUGAUAGGCUAGAAAAUCUGAUCUCUGAGCUUGACCAAAACCUCCAACAAGAGAAGAGAAACAAUGAAACUCUGAAAGAAGGCGCAACGAGACAUUCAGUUGCACUUGAAAUCCUACAGGGGGUGCUUGAGAGCGAGAAGCUGGCUCACCAGAAAGCACUGGAGCAAACCAGCAAAGAGACUGAAGCGCUCCGCCAGGAACUGGAGUCUCUCAGCAAAGUCAACCAGCAGCUUAGCACCAGACUCGGCGCUGAGGAGGGUCUACGGCGCCACUCUCAGGCGUUGGCUGACAAACUCUCAACCGCGUUGGAGACGGAGACAAAGAAGAACAACUGUUUGGCAAAAGAGAAUGACAGCCUGGCCAUGGAGCUGGAGAAGGAGGAGACCUGGAAACUACAGCUGGAGCGCGAUCUGCAAAAACACAAAGAUGCCCAUGAAGUUCUGAAGACGUCUUCCUCCGAGAAGCUGAAAAGCCUGGAAAAAGUCAUCUCUGAGCUUAAAACCAACCUCCAUCAUGAGAAGAAUGUCAACGAAACGCUCAGAGGAGAAUGUUCCAGACUCUCUAUUACUUUGGAGACAGAGCGGAGAACAUACGACAGGGCCAAAAUGGAAGACAAGAGCUGGAGACUGGAGAUACAAAAUCAGCUGGAGAAAGAGAAACUUGAGCACCAGAGGGCGCUAGAUGCUGAGUUGAAUGCCCACAAAAAGGUAACUGAGAGUCUUUCGAACAAACUUGAGAUGGAGAACAAGAAGAACGAGUUACUGGUACAAGAAAAAGAAUGUCUCGCUAUGGAGCUGGAGAAGGAGCUGAAUUGGAGACAAAGGCUGAAGGAUGAACUGCAGGAGCAGAAAGACGUCCAUCUCCAGGAGUCCAAGGCACUGGAGGAGUCUACCACCAAGAAACUGAAGAGUCUUCAGAACGUUAUCUCUGAACUCAGCCACAAACUGGAGCAUGAGAAGAUCAUCAAUGAAACCCUCGGAGGAGAAACCUCCAGGCUCUCGGCUGCUCUGGAGACACAGGCAGACAAGAGCAAAACUUUGUCCAAACAGAGAGAGAACGAUGCGGCUAAACUGCAGCAAGAGCGGAACUUGAGAAUACAGUUGCAGGAGCAGCUGGAGAAGGAGAAGGAUGUGCAUCAAGACGCCCGUGACAGUCGAAUACAGUCCAGUGUUUACACCCAGACUCUUCACAAGGACAUGGAGGCCUUGAGAGAAGCCAACAAUGAGUUUUUUACUAAACUUCAGGCCGAGGUGGAGCUCGGUCACGAGCGCCAAGCCUUGAUUGACAGGCUUUUUACCAACAUGAAGGCGGAGAUCAAAAAGAAUCAGUCUCUACGGAAAGACAAAGAGUCUCUGAUGGACGAGCUGAAGAAGGAGCAGUCCUUGACCCUACAGCAGGGCCUCCACCUGCAGAGACAGACGGAUGUCUUCCUGGAAGAAACGGAGACACUGAAGAUGUCCACCGCUGACAAGCUGAAGGAUCUAGAGAACCUCAACAGUGAGCUCCGCCACCAUCUUCAGGCGGAGAAGGAGGUCAAUGGAACUCUGAGAGAAGAAACGUUUAGACUCUCCGUAGCGUUAGAGACACAAAGUGACAACCAUAAAAAGCUGGUCAAACAGACCGAGUACGACAUUGUCCAACUACAGAGGGAGCACAUCUGGAAACUCGAAGACCUCCGACAGGAGUGCAUGAGCCUGAAGGCGGAGACCUCCAAACUGCAGGCUGACAAUCGAGCCCUGAUCCAGGCCAUCGAGAGGAAAAACAAGCGUUCAUUCUGGAAGUGAGUCUGUCGACGCUGUCGAAACACCCAUUCAUUGGCCCGUUUCCCAAAAUAAUGUACGACACAGCAGGAGAGCGAGGACGCCUGUAAGUGCAGCGUGUCAGCAGCAGUGUGACUGUGCUAGCGCCGAUGCCCUGCUGUUGAACUGUCGCGCUAUUUUAAACAACGGAGCGAUGGCAAAUAACCUAAAAAAAAACCGAUACAACAAGGGCGCUAAUGUUGUUUUUUAAAAUGUGAUGUAUGAAUAAAUGUGACUUGACUGUC